GGUUGCUGUUGAUCUACGAGUGGGAGGAGUUAAGCUUUUGAUUGACACAGAGGCUCGGUUGAGCGAGUAAUCUGGCGAAGUGACCACACUAAACUAGCGAGUCACGGUCGCUCCAACGGAAAGGAAGAGAAAGGAAACGAAUCCCGGUUAGAUUCCGUGGCGAAUGUAUAAAAGUCAGUUGGCAGACGAUCUCCGUGACCGAUGCGCGAUCAGCGGUAGGUGAUAAUGCUGAAGAUGAGGCUGCCAGCGGCGGAGGGAGAAAACGACGCGGCCGACGGCGAGCGACGGGAAAAUAACAGCGGCGCGCGCCGCUACGUCCCGUUGAACCCCGCGCUGGACGCCGACGCGGGCCGCGGACCGACGCAGCUCGAUAAGGAGGCGGUGUUUGAGUGGUUCGGCUUGCGGCUCAGUCCGGCUAAACGCGUGGAGUUCAUGUGCGGGUUACUCCACAUGUGUCAGCCGUUAGAACUGCGAUUCCUCGGCUCGUGUCUCGAAGACCUGGCACGGAAAGACUUCCACAUCCUGCGCGACGUCGAGGUCCGUGCGAACAACCCCGCCGACCUGCGACUCCUCACUGACGUCAGCGACCCGGUCGUGCUGUCGCGGCUGCUCGUGUGUGUCUCUCUGCUCGGGUCGAAGAACCGGGAGUGUGCGGCGAUUCUGUACGGCACGCUGAGCCGGAUCGACCUGCUGCACUGCUGCGGGGUCGGGCUACAUGUCCCGGAGUUAGGACCGGCUCCUCUGGAGCAGCUGGCGCUGCUGUUCGCCAUGGCGUCGUUACACCCGGCGUUUACUUUCCACCAGAGGGAGGACGUGCGCGCGCAGCUCGAGCGGGUGGACGCGUUACUGGAGGAGAGGAGCCUGAGCCACUGCGCAUGCGCAACACAAACACUGCAGAGUCCGUUUUCCCGGCCGGAUGAGCUCUGUCCGCACCCUGAGGGGAGCAGAACGUGGUCGUCGUGUCCUCUCCAGCACCUCAGCAGCAUGUCUCCGAGCCAAGUGGUGCACAUCGAGAAGAUCAAACUGAAGGAGAUCUCCCUGGCAGGAGACAGCAGAGAGUACAGCUUUGAGGUUAAAUGGUCUGACUCAUCGUCUACGGCUGUGACCAAAAGUCAUCGCGAACUACAGGAUUUUCUUUUGAAGCUGUGUAAGGAAAAGAGUGCAGGAAGUUUCGAGCACGACGUUAUCGGAUUACUGAGUCGGGCCGAGGGCGAGCACAGAGAGCUGGAACGAAUGCUCAGGGCGAGGUUUGCGUCUGUGCCACGGGAGUUCCUUCAGAUGUGCCAGGCCUCAGGGUUUUUCCUGCCCGACGCGUCUUCCCUACACUGCAGUCACGGUAACAGCGCACCUGGUGCCAGAACCCGACAGCCGGCACCUCGCUUCUCAGAGGACUGCUCAGAGACUUCCAGCCUUGAUGAGGACCUCGAUGCGUACGGGGUCUCACACUCCAGAACACACAGCGCUGGAAACACGAUCCAUGGUAAGCAGCACAUGGACAGCAUUCAGUGGGAGUGCAGCAGGAGGAGUAUGCACAGCGAGCCCUACGGGGAUGUGACGGGGAGGAGGCGCAGCUCCCAGCCAUGUGGGACAGAACCGGAGCAGGAGAGCGAGGAGAGGAAGAUCAGAGCAAGACCGGCAGGCAAAAGGGACAGAGGCAGGAGAGGCCCAGUUGGGAAAAGCUCUGUAGCCAAUGGGAUUCAGAGAGUUCCUGCAGUCCAGAUGAUGAAUCAGGCCAUGUGUAAGGCAUCAGGCAGGGACACGUAUGGAGACACGUCUUCAGAGAGCUCCAACUCGGUGCCUUCGAGCCCCGUCCACCAUCAGCGCAGUGUGGAAACACAAGAUACAGAGAGUCAGUCUGAUAACUCUGUCCCUGAGCCAGCUGAUGCACCCCGCCUCCCCCACGGGCAAAGCAUGGGCAGAAAGGCGGUCGCCAUGGUGAACCCGUUGGUGACCGAACCGGAGCGUGUGGGUGCAGAUGUACCGCCGCACCCCUCAGCUGUGGUGGAGCUGGCGCUGACCUCGUGCCUCCCGUAUGCCCUACAGUACAGCACCGCGCACAGAGACACAGGCAAACCCGGAGAGAGCAAACUCACCAUCACAAUCCCUCUGGGCAAACAGGAUACCAGGCCCAGCAUGGCCGUCCCCAGAGACCCCGCCCAGUGCCCGCUGCCGCCCGCCUUCCCUGAGCCACUUCAGCCUCAGGCUCCGCCGAGUACCCUUACUGCUCCGGUGAAACCCUGUGCCAAGACCAGUUCUCAGCCGCAGGGCUCUCACAUGCCCUCCGGUUUAGUCCAGUGUCCUCUCGCUAGCACUCAGAUACCCAGCUCUACCCCUCUACCGCCCCCUGUUAGCAUUCCCACCCCAAGUGAGAACACGGCAUAUAUCAAUAGCACUGCACAGUCACAACCAACAGGCUGCAACACCUGCGGUUGCCGGGGUACCUGCGGAGGCAGCGGGGCUCACCAGGCCCAUGCCAGCUUCUUCCUGCCUGCUCAUCCCACCCGCCAGAUGUUCGGUCCACCCGCACAUUUCUUCCAGCUGGCACCGUCACUGUGCAGCACCACCUUCCCUACACAGGGCCACCAAGGAAACGGGACACCGCUGCCCUUCUAUGCCCACACAUCUCAAAGUGCCGCCUUCGCCAGCAGCGCACUCCUGCACGCCCACUCAGAGCACCUGAUGUCAGCGCAGCCCGGCUACGCCACUCUGCCCCAGGUCGCACAGUUCGCACGCUUCUACGCGCCCGUCUUCCCUCCCAUGGGUUCCAUGUCUGGUGCUGGAGGAAUCAAGAAGAGCGGCGCCGUGUCCUGCUAUAACUGCGGCAUGAGCGGUCACUACGCCCAGGACUGCAAGCAGCCGUCCAUGGAUGCCGGGCAGCCAGGUGGCUUCCGGCUUAAGUAUGUCGCCCCGCAUUCGUCGGAGACACUAGACAAAGCUGAUUGACAGCGAGCCGAGGACCAAGGAGACGUUCUGUCUCAGUUUCUAUGUUAAACACACCAGAGCUCGUAUGUUAAAGCGAUGGCAUUUGUGUGUGUGUUAUUUGUAUUAACCACCUAUAUAAGCUUAAGUCUGAUUUUUUUUUUAUUUUUAUUAUUUUUCUGUGAGGACGAACCUGCUCUAAAACUCUACAUGGCUCCAUGACUUUGAUUGAGUCUUUAAUGGCAUCGAAGGCUGCCGCUCCGUUCAGGACUUUGAACAUGUGUUGAUUUUUAGCAGUGCUUCCAUGUGUUCCUUUAGCCGGCGUGUGUUCUUGUGUACACUGAAGUCAUUACAUUUCGAGCUGAAACACGAGAGAGGAGUCACUUCAACUUGAUUACUUUUUAUUUUGUUUUUUGUUUUUUUUUUUGGAAAUGGACAUUUUAUUACAGCCCAAAAAAAAGGCUUUGAGAAUCUUUUUAUACCUGCAGCUAAAAAGAGAGGAUCGUGUUUAUUUACUGUUUGUUUGGGAAGAGUUCAUUUUUUUAAACUAUAGUAAUCAAAUUAAACAGGAUUUAUUAUUUUUUUGUAAACACUACUACUCUUCAUUGUGAGUGUUCUGAAUGUAAAAUGCAUAACUAAAGUCAGACGUAGUACUGUGAAAAAGUUGUCUCACUCUGCCACAUGCUCCACUACAACCGUUUGGAUGUUCUGCACGAAUAGUGUUGUUUUCCAGAAGCCUGCCUCAGUGUGUGUGAGUGUGUGUGUGAGAGAGAGUGUGUGUGUGUGUGAGAGAGUGAGAGAGUGUGUGUGUGUGUGAGAGAGUGCGAGAGAGAGUGCGAGAGAGAGUGCGAGAGAGAGUGCGAGAGAGAGUGCGAGAGAGAGUGCGAGAGAGAGUGCGAGAGAGUGCGAGAGAGUGCGAGAGAGUGCGAGAGAGUGCGAGAGAGUGCGAGAGAGUGCGAGAGAGAGAGUGCGAGUGAGAGAGUGCGAGUGAGAGAGUGCGAGUGAGAGAGUGCGAGUGAGAGAGUGCGAGUGAGAGAGUGCGAGUGAGAGAGUGCGAGUGAGAGAGUGCGAGAGAGAGAGUGCGAGAGAGAGAGAGAGUGCGAGAGAGAGAGUGCGAGAGAGUGCGAGAGAGAGCGUGCGUACGUGAGAGUGAGUGCGUGCGUGCGUGAGAGAGAGUGCGAGAGAGAGAGAGUGCGAGAGAGAGAGAGCGUGCGUGAGAGUGUGUGCGUGCGUGCGUGCGUGCGUGAGAGUGCGUGCGUGCGUGAGAGUGCUUGCGUGCGUGAGAGUGCUUGCGUGCGUGCGUGAGAGAGUAUGUCAAAAGUGAAAGCGUUCAUUUAAAAGCUGCGUUCAUCCAGCAGGAGUCAUAAUUAAAUGACGUCAUAACUAAAGUCAGACGUAGUACUGUGAAAAAGUUGUCUCACUCUGCCACAUGCUCCACUACAACCGUUUGGAUGUUCUGCACGAAUAGUGUUGUUUUCCAGAAGCCUGCCUCAGUGUGUGUGAGUGUGUGUGUGAGAGAGAGUGUGUGUGUGUGUGAGAGAGUGAGAGAGUGUGUGUGUGCGAGAGAGAGUGCGAGAGAGAGUGCGAGAGAGAGUGCGAGAGAGAGUGCGAGAGAGAGUGCGAGAGAGAGUGCGAGAGAGAGUGCGAGAGAGUGCGAGAGAGUGCGAGAGAGUGCGAGAGAGUGCGAGAGAGUGCGAGAGAGUGCGAGAGAGUGCGAGAGAGUGCGAGAGAGUGCGAGAGAGUGCGAGAGAGUGCGAGAGAGUGCGAGAGAGUGCGAGAGAGUGCGAGUGAGAGAGUGCGAGUGAGAGAGUGCGAGUGAGAGAGUGCGAGUGAGAGAGUGCGAGUGAGAGAGUGCGAGUGAGAGAGUGCGAGUGAGAGAGUGCGAGUGAGAGAGUGCGAGAGAGAGAGUGCGAGAGAGAGAGAGAGUGCGAGAGAGAGAGAGAGUGCGAGAGAGAGCGUGCGUACGUGAGAGUGAGUGCGUGCGUGCGUGAGAGAGAGUGCGAGAGAGAGAGAGUGCGAGAGAGAGAGAGCGUGCGUGAGAGUGUGUGCGUGCGUGCGUGCGUGCGUGAGAGUGCGUGCGUGCGUGAGAGUGCUUGCGUGCGUGAGAGUGCUUGCGUGCGUGCGUGAGAGAGUAUGUCAAAAGUGAAAGCGUUCAUUUAAAAGCUGCGUUCAUCCAGCAGGAGGCGCCUCUGUGACAGAUGCAUGACGCAUGAGUUUUUAUGCUGAACUUCGCACAGACUUUAUCAGCAGCAGCACAAAGCAAGCGCACGUCCCACAGUAAGGUAGAUCAACCUCGCUGCAGAACCAGGAGUCCAGGGUGUCGGAGCUGGACCUUAUCUGUAACGUUAAUCCACAAUAUGACCUACAGUGUGCUCUUCUAACCAGGAGCUCGAUCGGUUCUGACUCCACCCCCUGGACUGUUUGAGUCCAGCCAUGAGGGAGGAGCUGGAUCGGUUCUGACUCCACCCCUGGACUUUUGUUCAGAUUUGUCCAGGUAGCAGGAUCCAGAUCAGCUCCGACACGAACUCGUGGACUUUUAGUUCUGUAGUGACGGCUACUUCCCCGCAGCCGGACCACGUCACCGCUCUUGUUCAAAUUUCAAACAAGGUCUUUUGUGUGCGUCGCCUCUUUCAGGCCUCAUGAAUAGAAAAACGACCAAGACUCUGUUGAAGACGUCAUGGCUACAGAGACAGCGAGAAAAGGAGACAUUCUCACGACGGAGAUUUAUUUUUCACUUUUUGAGGAUGUUAAAAUCAUCCGGCCUGCUUAUUAAAACCUUAUUUUCUAAUUAUUAGGUGGCAUUUAUAUUUAUAUAUAUAUAUACAAAUUAUAUAUAUUUGUGCUGACUGCCACACAAUGUUUGAUUUCAAAAGUCUUAGUUUGUGUAAGUUGUGUAACUAUUCAGUCUUGAGGUUGUGAGUUAAAAGGAAAAAAAAAAAAAAAAAAAGGAAAAGAAGGAAAGCAUAUCUUAAAUUGCCAAAGCCACAGAAAGUUUUUUUUCUCUGGAGCGAUUUGGCUUGUUUUUGUACUGAUAAGAGUCAGGAUGUCAUUUCGAUGUUCAUUUGAAACAGACCGAGAACCUGAGGCCUUUAAAUUGUUGCGGAUUGGCAGAUCUUUGGCCGGUUGGUUUCAUUUUUAAGCCAGGCAUUGCCUUUAUAAACCUUUAUUAUGAAUAUUAUUAUUAUUAUUAUUAUUUUGUUUGCAUGUUGUGAGAUGUUAAGUUUGAAUCGAACUUUAAAAGAAGAACCCAGGAACCUGCCAACUGUAUUAGUCAAAUCUUUUAAAGGUGUAAAAGGUUUACGAUGCUGUACUGUAUAAAAGAGUUUGUUUUUAUUUAGGCCUCGGAGAUUGUUUAUUGUAUUUCGUAUGUAAAUGUUGAUUAACAUGGAGGUUACAAUUUAUCUCUGAUCGUAUUUGCAUUUUAAGCAAAUGGAGCAUUUUCUCUGUUGAAUUAUUAGCAAUAAAUGUUUGGGAGGGGGAAAAAGCUCACGAGUGUCUUGCUGUGUGUUACAGUGUGCAGCCACUAGGGGGCAAAAUGGCACAAUUAUACAGUCAUGCACUACAGGGUCAUACACGAAACUUGUUUAUGGUGAAUUUGGCUGAACUCCUUUACGUAAAAUACUUUAAGAAAGUGUGUAUAAUUGCUGUUAGUGUUCUGUAAAGAUACAUUUCACAGCUAGCUUUAAGAUUUUCUUAGUUUUAAACGAGAUUGAUAGGAUUAGAUAAAUGAAGGACUGCUGAUCUUGUGCAUGUUAAUAAUAAUAAAUAAAUAA